UUUUACUCAUCAUCUUCAUUAUUUUCUAUCCUUUUAACAACUUUUUUAUGUUUGUUUUUUAUUUUCUUUCAUUCCCUCUUUCAAUAUUCUCUAUUCAUUCUCCAAAAUCCUUCAGGCAUUAUUUCAAAUAUAUAGGCCAAAAAAUUUUUUUUUUGUUUUUUUCUUAUUCGUCCUCCCUCACUUUCCCUCAUCUAAAAUAUUUUUUUCCCCAUUUUAAUGUGCUUCUCUUGUGUGGAUAA